AUGAGUGACAGUCCUGUCCAAGGUCGCGUGUUCGCCCGCCGCGCCGCGUUCAACGCGCUCGCCCCUGAUCUGGCGGACCAGACGGCAGAGGCCCAGACGAUGUUGAUGGAGAAGAAGGCCGACGUGUUCACGACGCACCACUCGGCGCUCGUGAAAGUGCCGCAGAGCGUGCGCGGCAAAGACCUCGUGGACAUUCUCGAGACGUGGCUCAAGCCCGUGGACGUCGAGAAGAAGGAGGAGGAGAAGAAGGACGGAGCCGAGGCGCCCAAGGCCGAGGAGGCUGAGGCUAAAGAGGCUGAGGGUGAAGUCACGGUCGUCCCGGGCCAAGAGGAAGCGGUGAAGGCUGCAGAAGGAGCAGCUGACAAGGCCAAGGCAGAAGAAGCUCCAGACGGGGCUAUCCAGGAAGUGGAGGCUGGUGCUGCUACGGAGGACAAGGAGACGGUUGCUGUCAAAGAGGAGGAGGCUGCAGCUGUAGCUGCUGUUGUCGCGGACAAGGAGGCGGUCGGCAAGGAAGAGGCUGCAACGAAGGAGGCGGCGGUGGUGGAAGCGCCGUUGCAGUACCGCGUACGUGCCAAGGAGAUCGCCGAGGCGCUGGUGCUCAUUGGGUUCAUCACGCCGUACAAGGACCGCGUGAAGAACUACUUGGCCGAGACGAUUAAGGAGUACGUGACGGACAAUGAGCUGUUUGUGCCGCUGCCAGCGACGAUCACCGAGUCGAAGGACACGACGGUCUGGAGCGUCGUGGACGGCGCUGUGUUUGCGUCGCAGCUCAAGCGCAAGGCGGGUGUGUUUUCGGCCUUUACGCAGGGCAAAGACGUGUACGUCGUGGCCAACGAAAAGACCAACAAGAUUUACUUUUUCGAGUCGGACGUGGCGCGUGUCGCUAUUGCUGAGUACGCUGCCGCGGACGGGUUUGUCCAGUUUGACAACACGCACUUUCAGUUUGGUGUCAAGCUGGUGUAUGGCGACAAGUUUGAGCUGCUGAAUUUGGUGACGAAGGAAGGUCAGGACUCGUUCCUGAACUCGCUGCUGAACGUGGGUGUGCAGUACCGCGAGGUGUACAAUUUGGCCGUGGAAGAAGCCACGUCGUUCUACGAGCUGAGGGAUUUCGAUAUGGAGAAGAAAGAAGUGAGCAUGGAGGAGUACAAGGACAAGGUGAUCCUGGUCGUGAACGUGUCGAGCAAGUGCGGUCUGACGCCUACGAACUACCCGGAGCUGCAGCAGCUAUACGAGAAGUACCAAGAAGAAGGACUGGUGGUGCUGGGAUUCCCUUGCAACCAGUUCAAGAGCCAGGAGCCUGGCACACACGAGGACAUCAAGGAGUUUGUGAAGCAGUACAAUGUGACGUUCCCGCUGUUCGAGAAGCACGACGUGAAUGGCUCGAACGCGCGCCCGGUGUUUACGUACUUGAAGGCAAAGCUGCCUGGAACGUUCGGCAACUACAUCAAGUGGAACUUUACCAAGUUUUUGGUGGACCGCAACGGACAGCCGUACAAGCGCUACGCACCAACGGAUCUGCCGUUGUCGUUUGAGAGCGACAUCAAGGAGCUGCUGGCGAAAAAGUCUGGGCCGGAGAAGACAGAAGAAGAGGCCACGGAGGAGGCAGUGGACGUUGCCAAGUCGGCCGCGGAAACGACGACGGAAAACAAGGAAGAGGACAAGAAGGAAGAAGUCACUGCUUCCGAGGUGGUAACCAAGGACCAGGAGACUGUCACGUCGGACAAGAAGGAAGAAGUGGCUGCUGCUGCUGCUGUUGUUGUUCCGGAUGUGGAGACCAAGGAGGUGGUUGUUGUGUCGAACAAGACGGAGGACGUUGUUGUUGCUGCUGUUCCAGAGGUGGUGACGAAGGUAGAGGUCGUCGAGUCGGGAACGAAGGAGGACGUUGCUGUUGUUGCUGCUACUGUCUCAGAGGUGGUGGAGAUCAAGUCAGAGAAGAAGGACGACGUUGCUAGUGUCCCAGUGGUGGUCACCAAGGAGGAGACUGUCGAGUCGGGGAACGUGCCGGUGGUCGCGACGGCGCUUUAA